GCUGCUGCCCAGCCCAGAGGCAGCUGAUGUGGGGCUAUGCAAUUCUGGGGAUGGUGGUGGGGCUAUCAGAACAAUGGAAGAGCCAGGAACGGCGUCGGCCGCCGGCCUCAUCACCAUGUUCAGCUGGGUGAACAAAGACGCGCGGCGCAAGAAGGAGCCCGAGCUCUUCCAGACGGUGGCCGAGGGGCUGCGGCAGCUGUACGCGCAGAAGCUGCUGCCGCUCGAGGAGCAUUACCGCUUCCAUGACUUCCACUCGCCGGCGCUCGAGGACGCCGACUUCGACAACAAGCCCAUGGUGCUGCUCGUGGGCCAGUACAGCACGGGCAAGACCACCUUCAUCCGGCACCUCAUCGAGCAGGACUUCCCCGGCAUGCGCAUCGGGCCCGAGCCCACCACCGACUCCUUCAUCGCCGUCAUGCACGGCGCGGCCGAGGGCGUGGUGCCGGGCAACGCGCUCGUCGUGGACCCGCGCCGACCCUUCCGCAAGCUCAACGCCUUCGGCAAUGCCUUCCUUAACCGGUUCAUGUGUGCGCAGCUGCCCAACCCUGUCCUGGAGAGCAUCAGCAUUAUCGACACCCCAGGAAUCCUCUCUGGAGAAAAACAGCGCAUCAGCAGAGGUUAUGACUUUGCAGCCGUCCUUGAGUGGUUUGCUGAGCGAGUGGACCGCAUCAUCCUGCUCUUCGACGCCCACAAGCUGGACAUCUCGGAUGAGUUCUCCGAGGUGAUCAAGGCCUUGAAGAACCACGAAGACAAGAUCCGGGUGGUGCUGAACAAGGCAGACCAGAUCGAGACGCAGCAGCUGAUGCGGGUCUACGGGGCCCUCAUGUGGUCCCUAGGCAAGAUCAUUAACACGCCCGAGGUGGUGAGGGUCUACAUCGGCUCCUUCUGGUCCCACCCCCUGCUCAUCCCGGACAACCGGAAGCUCUUCGAAGCUGAGGAGCAGGAUCUCUUCAAGGACAUCCAGUCGCUGCCCCGGAACGCCGCCCUCAGGAAGCUGAAUGACCUCAUCAAGCGAGCCCGGCUGGCCAAGGUCCACGCGUACAUCAUCAGCUCCCUCAAGAAGGAGAUGCCCAACAUGUUUGGGAAGGAGAGCAAAAAGAAGGAGCUAGUCAGCAACCUGGGAGACAUCUACCAGAAGAUCGAACGGGAGCACCAGAUCUCUCCCGGGGACUUCCCAAAUCUUCGGAAGAUGCAGGAAUUGCUGCAGACUCAGGACUUCAGUAAAUUCCAGGCCCUAAAGCCCAAGCUCUUGGACACCGUGGACGACAUGCUGUCUAAAGACAUCGCUCGGUUGAUGGUGAUGGUGCGCCAGGAGGAGUCCCUCAUGCCCUCACAGGCCGUGAAGGGCGGCGCCUUCGAUGGCACCAUGAAUGGGCCCUUUGGCCACGGCUAUGGAGAAGGGGCCGGAGAGGGCAUCGAUGACGUGGAGUGGGUGGUGGGCAAGGACAAGCCCACCUACGAUGAGAUCUUCUACACCCUGUCUCCUGUCAAUGGCAAGAUUACCGGGGCCAAUGCCAAGAAGGAGAUGGUGAAGUCCAAGCUCCCCAACACGGUCCUGGGGAAGAUCUGGAAGCUGGCCGACGUGGACAAAGACGGGCUGCUGGAUGACGAGGAGUUUGCCCUGGCCAAUCACUUGAUCAAGGUCAAGUUGGAAGGGCACGAGCUUCCUGCUGACCUGCCCCCCCAUCUGGUACCUCCCUCCAAACGGAGGCAUGAAUGACAGGUGUCCUGCCCGUCGCGGAAGGGGGUGUGGCCCCACUCUUACCCCUCAGAGUUUCUUAGCUUUCUGAAGCUUUGGGGGGGGGGGAUCCCAUUCUCAGCGCUCCCUUGCCGUGUCUGUUCCAUAAAGACCUAACUAACAGAUGGGUUUUUGCAGCUCUCAAAAAGGAAAACCACCAUUGAAACAACAUUUAUACCAAGCCCGGUGGGGAGACAGUGGCAGCACUUGUCAAUGUUGGAAUUUUGUGCACAAGAACUAUGGAUAUUUUUAAUAUAUGAAGUCAGAGGCAGUA